AUGGACGUGGGCAACCCGGACCUGUCCGUGGACGAUCGCAUGUCGCCAGGAUCAGACAUCGUCUCCAACCCAUGCCUCAAAUGCAUGUAUUGCUGUGGGAUGCUCAUCCCCAAGGUUCGCGGUAUUCCAGCUGAUGCGAAGCUGCUUUCCCUCGAAGAGCAGAACCAGUUGCUGGCGCCCCUUCAAGGAGCAUGGAAGCUUCGUCCCCUCGAAAGCGGCAGGCAACACACCAUCAUGUACACCGAUAUCUACGUUGAGGGCCCAAAAGUCAUCAUGAGUGGUGGCAUGCACAAUCGGACGCGUCACGUCGAUGGGCGACGAGUCACAGCUGCAGUGGCCAACAGGACCCAGGUGAUGUACAUCAAGUACUGGCGCGGCAGUGACGGCGUGCUGUACAUUGACCGCAUGGGAAGCAUCGUGGAGUCCUUUGAUCAACUCAAGAACGAGCUGCGCAUCAACAACGCACUGGGCAUCUCCUUCAUGUGGUAUCGAGAGAACACCGUCACCUCUCAACCAGUCGUCGCCGUCCAGCCCUCCAUCUCUGACGAGCUGGAGAAGCUGGUGGCGCUGCUCAAGGGCGGGCACAUCACCCAGGAGGAGUACGACGAGGCAAAGCAGAAGGUGCUCGCACACUGA